UGUAGCAUUUGAUUAUUUAUUAUAAUCUAUACUCUCUUUGCCCAAUUCCCAAGAAGAAAUCAGGCAAUAUCAUGGAAGACAAGAAUCAAACAGAUCUAUCUGAAUUCGUAAUCUUGGGAUUCUCUAACCUAAAUGAAUUGCAGUUUUUACUGUUCACCAUCUUUUUUCUGACCUAUAUCUGUACUUUGGGAGGAAAUAUAUUCAUUAUCUUGGUGACCAUGGCUGAUCCACACCUACAUACUCCCAUGUAUUAUUUUCUAGGGAACUUGGCCUUUCUUGACAUCUGCUACACCACCACGAAUGUUCCCCAAAUGAUGGUGCAUCUUCUGUCAGAGAAGAAAAGCAUUUCCUAUAUGAGAUGUGUGGCUCAACUUUUUGCAUUUAUUUUCUUUGUAGGAUCAGAAUGUCUCCUCUUGGCAGCAAUGGCAUAUGAUCGUUACAUUGCGAUAUGCAAACCCUUAAGGUAUUCUGUAAUUAUGAACAAGACCCUGUGUAGCCAGUUAGCAGCUUCAUGCUGGACUGGUGGUUUUCUCAAUUCAGUGGUGCACACGGUGUUGACAUUCCGUCUGCCCUUCUGUGGCAACAAUCAGAUUAAUUAUUUCUUCUAUGACAUUCCUCCUUUACUGAUCUUGUCCUGUGGGGACACUUCUAUUAAUAAGUUGGCACUGCUCUGCAUUGGGGUCUUCAUUGGUUGGAUGCCUUUUUUGUGUAUUGUCCUUUCUUACCUGUACAUAAUCUCUGCCAUCUUGAGGAUCCACUCCUCAGAGGGAAGAAAAAAGGCCUUUUCGACAUGUGCCUCCCACCUGAUCGUUGUUCUUCUCUAUUAUGGCAGUGCCAUCUUCACAUAUGUACGGCCCAUUUCAGCUUACUCAUUGGAGAAAGAUAGGCUGAUCUCAGUAUUGUACAGUGUUGUUACUCCCAUGCUAAAUCCUAUAAUUUAUACAUUGAGGAACAAGGACAUCAAAGAAGCAAUGAAAACUGUAGGGAGCAGGUGGCAGCCACCAAUUCUAUUAUUUGAUUUAUAGUCUU